AUGGCUGCCAAGCAUACGUCAAUCAUGGUUGUGAAUGAAAAUCUUUAUAACAUCAAAUUUACCAUUGAAUUUGUGUGGCAUUAUGAUGCAGUUUUUCAUUCAUACAAAGCAGAUUGUCCAAGUGGUUUUGAUUACAUCGCAGAGUACCACAAGUGUUACAAGCUGGCCAGCCAUGCCAUGAACUGGUAUGAUGGAAGAUCCUUCUGCAACAACAUCUUGUCUUCGCGUCUCAUCAUGGUUGAGGACGCCGUUGAAAACACGAUCGCUUCUGAAUACGUUAAUCACGUAUCUCCCAGUUUGUUUCUUGUGGCAAUUUUCAACUCAUUCAAGUUACUUAUUUGUAGACAAGAUUAUUGA